AGAGAAGACGCGGUGAAACCUACGAGUCGCCAAAUGAGUUUUCUUAUGGCCUUUCCGUCACUUUUUGAGGAAAAUAUAUAUAAUAUUUGAUUAUUCUUAUUGUUCAUGUAGUUAGUUCUCUCAGUUGUAGCCAUAUUCAUUGUUGUUGACUCUGUUACGUUAAGUCUUCUAACUCAGCUUAACGUUACUACUUUGUUAGAGACACACUACCAGGUGACCAACGUCAGUACCAAUGACUUCCGAGGUCCUCUAAUAUACCUCAUAUGGUGACCAUUUUAUUUUCUACAUUUUGUAUUUGGAACCCUACAGGAAUGCUGGCAGGACGACAAAAUCGAAAUUAGUGAAAUAAUCACUGAUCCUGGAUCCGCCUCUGGAGCGGACAUACGUUUCGUGGUCUCCUGUUAUUGGUCCAGACACACCAUAUUGUCGUCCAAUGGCAUGCGUACAUCUGUUCGCUGGAGCGACUCUAAAAUAUCCUUUCCUCUUCCUCCUUCGCGAGGAAUUCAGUAGUGAACAAGGACGUUGUUAGCAGUGGAUAGUUCAGCCGAGAUGGGGAAAAUGCAAGUCUUGGGUGUAGUUGCGGUAAUGUUAGCAGUUUACUGCGUUCAUGCAAACGUUUACUUUCGGGAGGAGUUUCUAGACGGUGAUGAAUGGAGAAGUCGCUGGUUGAAUUCCAAACACAAAUCUGACUAUGGAGAGUGGAAACUAACAGCUGGCAACUUCUAUGGAGAUGCUGAGAAAGACAAAGGUCUGCAAACAAGCCAGGAUGCUCGUUUCUAUGCUACCUCUGCCCGUUUUGAGCCUUUCAGCAAUGAGGGCAAGCCUUUGGUCAUUCAGUUUACAGUAAAGCAUGAGCAAAAGAUUGACUGUGGUGGUGGCUAUGUGAAGGUCUUCCCUGCAGACUUGGAUCAGACUGGCUUGAAUGGAGACUCCUCAUACUACAUCAUGUUUGGCCCUGAUAUCUGUGGCUACAGCACAAAGAAAGUCCAUGUUAUCUUCAAUUACAAGGGCAAGAAUCACCUCAUCAAGAAAGAGAUUAAGUGCAAGGAUGAUGAGCUGACCCACAUGUACACGCUGAUCCUGAAUCCAGAUCAGACCUAUGAGGUGAAGAUUGAUAACGAGAAGGUAGAAUCUGGCAGUCUGGAAGAAGACUGGGACUUCCUGCCUUCCAAGACCAUAAAGGACCCUGAAGCCAGUAAGCCAGAGGACUGGGAUGAUCGUGCCAAGAUUGACGAUGCUGAUGACACCAAGCCUGAGAACUGGGAUACACCUGAAAACAUUCCAGACCCUGAUGCUAAAAAGCCUGAAGACUGGGAUGAGGAUAUGGAUGGAGAGUGGGAGCCACCCAUGAUCCCUAACCCAGAGUACAAGGGGGAAUGGAAACCCAAACAGAUUGAUAAUCCCAACAACAAAGGACCCUGGGUGCAUCCUGAGAUUGACAAUCCUGAAUACAGUCCUGAUUCAAACAUCUACAAGUUUGACAGCAUUGCUGUUUUAGGUCUUGAUCUUUGGCAGGUGAAAUCUGGUACCAUCUUUGACAACUUCCUGAUCACAGAUGAUGUGAAGGAAGCGGAAGACAUUACAAUGGAGACAUGGGGUGUGACCAAGGAACAAGAGAGGAAAAUGAAACAGGAGCAAGAUGACGUGAAACGAAAGGAAGAGGAGGAGAAGAACAAAGAACAAGACACCGAAGUUGUUGACGACGACGAUAAUGAUGAUGAUGAGGAUGAUGAAGACAAUGAUGAGGAAGGAACAAAGGAUGACAUGGAGGAGGCACUUUCAGAAAUGGAUGACGAGGAAGCAAAGCUUAAAGAUGAGCUGUGAGGGGGUGUGGCCAGAGAUGUUUUGUCUGUCCCUCCUUUAGAAACUCUGUUCUGUAUUUCCCGGGGAUAUUGUGGCUGCUGUGCAUCCUUUCCCUGAGAGUUGAGAUUUGGACACAAACCAAUUUGGGGGGGCACAAGUGGAUUUGAAUAGACUUAGUCUUUUUUUUUGGUCAUGAUAUAUUACCUUAUUGCCCCUGAACUGCUAGAUUGAUUCUAAGAUGUUCCACCUCUAAAGUCCAUUCCUCAUUUUGUGACAGAGAAUAAGGAGAAACUGACAAACUGCCACUAUUUUCUUGGAAAUGCACAGGUUGCAGAGUUAACCAGAAGCUGUGAUUGAAAAAUUCUAAUUUUUACACGGGGAAUAAGAAUUAGCCAUUCAGAUUUUAACUUCCUUGUCUCAAGGUGAAAAUUAAUCUUGCAACUUGGUGAAACAAUAAAUGCACAUAACUGAACAUUUAAAUAAAAUAAAAAAACCUACGCAAAAUAUCACCACAGACAGAAAUCAAGAUUGUAGUGUAAUUUAUUUUGGCUGUCUUUAGCAUUGACAUUUUCCACACUCUUAAGGCAUAAUUGAAUGAAGUGUUUAGGUAUGAAUUCAUCUUCAUCUAAGUACACAAUUAAAUUGUUUUUUUUAUCAUGUAAA